AUGCAGUGAAAAUGACAGCACUGGCAGCMGCAGCAGCAGCAGAGAAAUCAACAUCAUUGUGAACUGAAAUUGCAAAAAGUUGACGCCAUAGGCCAGACGAUAGACAGAGCCAAGGUUUCUGCUCCCUUGGCCCAUUGAUUGGAUAAUCCGCGAGCCAUAUUAACAACAGUUUAGCAGCCACAAAAUAGAAAUAACAAUUUUUAUUCAGCAUGUCCUAGUAUUAGUAGCUGGAAACGUGGACGACUCUCACUUAAACUGUUGGCAGAGCAACAGCAGCAACAGUAGCAGCAGCAUCAGCAGCAGGAGGAGCAGCUAAUGCGGCAGCAUGGCGUCCGCCGACGGCGACACCAUCAACACCAUUGACCUGGACAGCUCCUCAACAUCGCAGGCUAAACUAGCGGAGCCAAGCAAUGUUUCCACCGACCAUGUGGGUAACUCAUCGCCCGACCUGGGCAGUCGGCCUCCGCGCUCGGCCAACAAAGCGGACAAGGAGCGAAAAAUUGGACACAGGCGCGUCGGCGAGGGCGGCGAGAUUACCUACAAGAAGAUACAGACGUCGCAAAUUAUGGGCUCCAUACAGCUGGGCAUACAACACACCGUCGGCAGCCUGGCAUCGAAGCCAAAACGUGAUCUACUUAUGAUGGACUUCUGGGAAAUUGAGAGCAUUACGUUUCCGCCAGAGGGUUCUAGCCUUACACCUGCCCACCAUUAUAGCGAAUUCAGAUAUAAGAUCUAUGCGCCCAUAGCAUUUCGUUACUUUCGUGAUCUGUUUGGCAUACAGCCCGAUGAUUUUAUGAUGUCUAUGUGCACUUCGCCACUGCGCGAACUAUCGAAUCCAGGUGCUUCCGGCUCUAUAUUCUAUUUAACGGACGAUGAUGAGUUCAUUAUCAAAACGGUGCAACACAAAGAGGGUGAAUUUUUACAAAAACUACUGCCUGGUUAUUAUAUGAAUCUCAAUCAAAAUCCGCGCACUCUAUUGCCGAAAUUCUUCGGCCUCUACUGCCUGCAAACGAGCAAUGCCAAAAACAUUCGCCUGGUGGUGAUGAACAAUCUGCUGCCAUCCUCGGUGCGAAUGCAUCUGAAAUAUGAUCUCAAGGGCUCGACGUUCAAGCGCAAGGCAUCGAAGGCGGAACGGGCCAAGAAGUCGCCCACGUACAAGGAUCUCGACUUCAUGGAACAGCAUCCGAAUGGCAUUUUUCUGGAGGCGGAAACCUAUUCGGCUCUGAUCAAGACCAUUCAACGGGAUUGCACAGUGCUGGAAUCGUUCAAGAUUAUGGACUACUCGCUGCUGCUGGGCGUCCACAACUUGGACGUGGCGCUCAAGGAGAAGCUGAGUGAGCAUCGAAAGCCACUGAGAGCACCGCUGGCCGAGGACUCCGAUGUCGAUGAGCCGCUGGAAGCGGCCGAGGGCGAUGCCAAGGAUCGUGAUGCGGCCACGGGCAUCAGCAGAAAUAAUGUGGCAUACAGAUCCGUGAAUCGACAGCGUCUGGUGGCCCACUCCACGGCCAUGGAGAGCAUUCAGGCGGAGAGCGAGCCCAUCGACGAUGAGGAGGAUGUGCCACCUGGUGGCAUUCCGGCACGCAGCGAGAAGGGCGAACGCCUGUUGCUCUAUAUUGGCAUCAUCGAUAUACUGCAAUCGUAUAGGCUAAAGAAGAAGCUGGAGCACACAUUCAAAAGCAUUAUACAUGACGGGGAGACCGUUUCGGUUUGUCGACCCUCGUUCUAUGCUCAAAGAUUUCAGAACUUUAUGGCCAAGACCGUAUUCCGCAAGAUACCAUCGCUGGAUCUCCCAGAGAUCAAAGGAAAUCACAGAAAAUUUCGUACCUUGGUAACCAGCUAUAUAGCAUGCCUCUCGAUCACACCUCUGAAGCAUUCGCCAUCGAAGAGAAAAAGCCUCUCCAAGGCCAUACAGCGCUCCAUAGACAGCGACAAUGAGCCCACACGAGCUGUGCACGCAUCGCACUCCCACAGCAGCGGCAAAAUCCAUCAGCCAUCCAAGUCGUCUAACUCAGAGCCAAUGUCCGCAGCCGCAGCUGCUGCUAGUGACAGGGAACGCGAACGGGAUCGAGAUAGAGAUCGGGAUCGGGAUCGCGAUCGGGAUCGGGAAAGUGGGCGUCAUUCGAGUACAGCUGGCCAGAGCUCCCACUCCGGCAACGUGCCACCGCCCGUGAGGCAGCGCGCAUCCACGUCGUCGGCGAGCGGUGCUGCGACUGUCAGCAACUUGAAGGCGCGUGUUCCACCGCCAGUGCCACCGCGUGGCUCGCCACGUCGUAAGGAUGCACAGGACAGUCGGGCGCACUCGACCACGCCAGGCACAACUCCAUCAUGCAGUUCAACACCUCCCCCUGCCUUUGACGACAUCUCCGAGGACAGUUCGAAUAAGAACAGCACCUCCUCGAUGGGGCGCAGGUCACAUCAUCAUCAUCACCAUCACCACCAGCAACACCAGCAGCAGCAGCAGCAGCAGCAACAAGCCCAGCAGCAACAUUCCUAUUAUCAGCAACAACCACAGUAUUUGGAUCGCAAGAUGAACAUUGGCCCAGCAUAUCGAGGCUCCUAUAAGGAGGAUAUUGUUAGCGUCUCUGAAGUGCAUCUGGACACGUUUCUGGCGGUGGACACGUCAUCGAGCAGUCACUAUGGGUCACGCGGUGGCCUGGCCUGGACGCCACCGGCUUCAGGUGAGGGCUCAACACCCACUUGGACAGAGGGCACACCCAGUUUUACGGACUCCAGUUCGAGUGGUGAUCUCGACAACUUCUCGCCCAUAAACUCAUCCAAACUCGAUCGACACAAGCCGACAGUGGAGGAUGCCAUCAACUCUCUGUCAUCGGGAAUGAUCAACUAACAUAACAUGUGAUGAUGGCGAUGAUACACAACACAAAACAACAGCAACAACAACAACAACAACUACUUCUCGUAUACAUGGUGCAAACAGAAUUGGAUUAAAGUUAUAAACAUACAUACAUACAUAUGAUAAAGGAAAUGCUUGAGUGUUCAGGUGCAUGGGCGUGUGCACAUACUGUUAUAUACAUACAUACAUACAUACAUACAUACAUAUACAUAUACUAGCCGUAUAUAUACUGUUAUAUACUGACAUACAUAUGUACAUAUUUGUGUGUGUGUGCCUGCACUUGUAUAGCUAGGAUAUAAUCAAAAGGCGCCCUCGUAGAACUCCAUUGAUAGACGUCACAGCAAUAUCUACAUGCAUUCGUAUAUACAGGAUACCAGCAACAGAUAUCGUUCAAGUAAUAUAUAUAUCUAUAUAUAUUC